AGUUACACAAGCGCUGUCAGGAUUUUAUAAUACAAGCGUUUCACAACUCCCGUGCUUCAUUACGCUUGCAUCCUCCAAAUAAAUUCUGUCGUCUGCUGUGGGUCUGCAUUUAUAUCUGGCGAAUGCAAUUAGCUCUUGUGGACACGCCUUAAUUCUCGGGGAAAAAACAUUUAAUUUUUUUUUUUAUCGAAUUAUUGUCGGUCUGCGAUGAACACAUGACAUUGUUUUGAGUCUGUAUAACACCACUUUCUGUGAAAGGUCAUAAUGUACCGUUUGACGUUGUGAUCAUCUAAAUCGAGCGCAAAUUGGUGCUGAAGGUAUCGUUCCAGUGGAGCGCGCGAGUUUUCAGACAUCAGACAAGUCUUUCAAAAAAGCUGAAAACAAGGGCUUCGGUCAGUCAUGGAGUUGAAUUCAGUUAUUUUGACGGCGGGAGGCUCUAUAGGUUUUUUUAAAAUAGUCAACUCAGUAUUCGGCAAACUCCCCAUGCCAGAGUCUGCUUGCAGAAACGCAUGGAAAUGGAGGAAUAUAUCGACAUCUUUCGUUCACAGUCUCAUAACUGGGAUAUGGUCUGUGCUAUGCUUUGUCCUUCACCCACAGAUGGCAGAGGAUUUGAUAGGGACCCAUUCUGCGUUUUCGCACGCGCUAGUAACGGUAUCAAUUGGUUACUUCAUAUAUGACUUCUUGGACAUGGUUCUGAACCAGAAAAUAGGCCAAUCAUGGGAGCUUCUGUUCCAUCACGUGGUGGUCAUCACUUGUUUCGGCAUCUCUGUCAUCACCUGCCGCUACGUGGGCUUUGCCGUGGUGGCGCUGUUGGUGGAGAUCAAUUCUGUGUUCCUGCACCUGCGCCAGGUGCUGCUCAUGGCCAACAUGGCAGCGGGCACCCUGUACCGCGUCAACAGCAUGAUCAACCUGGGCACUUACGUGGUGUUCCGCAUCAACACCCUGGCAUGGAUGACCCGCUGGCUGGUCCUGAACCGUGACAACGUGCCGCUGUUCGCCUACACCAUGGGCAGCGUGGGCAUGGCAAUCAUGACGGCCAUGAACAUAGUGCUGUUCUAUCGCCUGCUGCGGAGCGACUUCCUGAAGGGCAGCACCCGUGAGGCCAAGAAGGAGAAGGAGACGUAGGAAGAUGGGAAGGGAUAGGGGCACAUGCAUACUUAGAUGUGGUGAUGCACGGUUAGAUACACACACACACGCAAACAAACAUACACAAACACUGUUUUGUUCACUCAUUACCUGAGACCCAUGUACCCUGUAAAGACUCUAACCAAAUGUGCUCCCUUAUGCCAUUUAAACAUCCUAUUUCCAUGGUGUAUUAGUUUUACACAUGAUUUUAAACAUGUAAAUUAAAGUACAGAGGAAGCCAUUAAAUGUACAAAGGAAGCUAGCAUUUCUCCAGACUAACAAAAAUACUCUUUUGGCACCAAUUGGAGCAACUAGAUUUAAAUUACACCAAGAGUACAGUACAAUGCAAAGAUAAUUUGUUUUGCCAUUUAAUAUAUUGCAAGAUAUACAGUAAAAAAAAAAAAAUGUCACAGAUUGUGGUGCAAAGUCCUGUUGUACUGACUAGUAUAUACUAUAGGAAGUCAUUGGAAUUCAAAACCUGUCUUGUUUAAUAUGUGAACAUGUUCAGUAACAGUACUAAAGAAGUGAUGAUGUUGCUUCACUAAGCCUUUUGUAAAAACUAAACACCUGCUACCUCAAGAAAAGCCUGUAGCAGUUUUAUCUGUUUCUAACUUGAUCAAUGUUGUUAAAUGGUUUAAUCUUCUUCCUUGUUUUGUUGUGUUUGUUUUUUGCAACUUGCAAAGUAUCACUUAUUUUCGGUGUAAAGGCUAAAAAGAAACCCAUCUGGAUAAACAAACCAACCGAUGAAAAUAGUUAAGUCUGCUCAGAACCUUCUCUUGUAAAGGUGAUGUUGAUGCUGCCAACUAGCAAGGUUGAGGUCUAACUGAGGUCAGGCAGCACAACAAAGACAAGCUUGCCUCAACAGAAUACAGAUUGUUUUGUACACACACAUAUUCUUGACACCUGUACAGCCCGAAGCAUUGUAAUUACUUGUGCCUCCCUUAGCCACUAACUGUUAGCAUUCAGCCUCAUUCAACCUGAAAGCUCAAUGAGCUAGUCCAAGGCUGUAUAGUGGCCUUUUAGCUGGCCUUACUGUCCUUGUACAGGUCAGCAAGUUCACACAACAACAUGGUACAGUGACCACCUUUCUAAUGGGUAAGUUAAAGGGUUGUGUGUAAGAGCUGAUUCUAGGUCAGAUUAUUUUAUAAUUCCUUCACAAUUCAAAGGAUACAUUUUGAAAAAUGGCAAUGUAUCCGAUGAUCUGUUAUUACAGGCAAGUUGGGGCGGCCUUAGAAACCUGCCAAGCUUGCUAAAACAGAGCCAUCAUAGGAUUUUUGUCUAAAGCCCUGAACAUUUGUAAUGUGAUUUUCUUUUGCAAUGUUUUGUUUUAGAUUGUGUUCUAUGUAUGCAUAUUUUGUAUAUUUGUAAUUUAUUUGUAUUGAUUGUCAAGGAUGAACUGUUGUUGGCAACCACAUUGUUCAUCCCUUUUGAAAAAUUGUACCUGUAUAUCCCCUAUUUGAAGAAUUGUUGGUAUGUGGUGGUUCUGAUUGAUGGUGGAGUUAUUCUAUACUGUGGUGGUGUCGUUACUUAAAAGGGAGUUUCAUUCAAUUUUGGACGCUUUAAUUUUUUCAGCUACCUGACCAAAUGCAGCCAUUAUAUCCAACAGUGUGAGAAGAACCAUGCCUAUUUAUUUAUCCAUUAAAAACCCUUUUUGGAUGAUGCUGGCAAAUUUUGGGGGAACUGGGGAGUCUUGGAGUUGCAUUGCAGUUGACCCCAUAGAAUAGAGAAAUUAGGACUCCAACCUUCAACAAUUAAAGAUAAUUUACCUAUUAAAUCCAUACCCUAUUGUAGAUUGGUAACAUGAAACUCUCAAUACAUUUACAAUAAAGCCAAUUUGAUAAGCCAGCUUACUAUGCUAUUGCAGCGAGAAAGAUGGUCUCUGCUAUUUGUUAAUUUUGAGUUGACUGCACAGAAUGAAGCCAACAAUUAUUAUCUAG